AUGUCAAUAGAAAAACCUUCAUUUUUCAAGGUUCUUGCCACUUUGGAUUUCACAAAAGAGCUGCUGAGAGCCGAUGAUGAUUCAGGAAGAAGUUGGGGCGUGAAAGUGGAAAGAUUGAGUGAUGGCUUGUUUGCCUUCACCGACGGCUGGCCCAAGUUCGCCGAAGAUGCUGCUCUCCGCCUCGGAGAAUUUCUCGUCUUCUUCCUCCUGCCGCCUUCCAACUUCAACGUAGUCAUCUACGGGACUAGCUUUCUUCAGAGAGAGAUCCCAACACCUUCGUCUCCCCUCGUUGACCGAGUGGCCGAAAGCAGUAAGAGGAGAAGAGGGAAACCAUCACAACCCUAG